CCACUCAAGAAUCCCAAGCAAGAGCACCUACUAACAAAUCAAACCUUUGUGAUCAGCCAAAUUUCCAGGUUAGUUAAUUUUCGGUUUUAGAAGUGUAGAAGUAGUUAAUUUAGUAAUUUAUAAAUUUUUUAAUUUAGAUUGUGAAAUUGGACUUUUAGAGUAACAUUUAGCUAUAAAAUACUUGAAAGUUAGAAAGUGUGUAACAUUUAGAAUUUCCCUUAAAUUUCGGUUUUAGGAGUGUAGAAGUAGUUAAUUUAGUAAUUUGUAAAUUUUUUAAUUUACAUUGUGAAAUUCGAAUUUUACUCUUUAAUUUUAACUUUUAAUUAUUUAUAAUAGUUGAAAUUGUAGAUGUUUAGAAAUUGCGUUAAAUUUAAAUAGUCGAAUUUAAGAUUUUAAUUUCGCAAUUAUAGUUAUUUCGAAUUUCAAAAUUACUAGUUAUUUUGGUAACUUUUAAGAUUUUAAUUUAGAUUGUGAAUUUAGAAUUUUACUCUACAUUGUGAAAUCGGAAGUUUAGAGUUGUACUUAGCUAUGAGAGGUAUGGAGUACUCUAGAUAAUCAUCUGCUUCACUAAUGAAUCCCAAGCAAGAGCACCUACUAGCAAAUCAAACCUUUGUGAUCAGCCAAAUUUCCUGGUUAGUUAAUUUUCGGACCGUAUAUGGUAUGAACCAAAUUCCAAAGACUCGUGUUUGAAAUGCGUCAGUUGCCCUUCAGCUGCAUUCGGAGUUGAAGAGCGAGAUCCAAGAGUGAUAGGUAUGUUAGCAUAUGCUGGCUUCUUGGGGUAGAGCACAUUGCCCGUAUGAAGGUGGAUCAUAGUUUAAUAUGCGCUUUGGUGGAGAGAUGGAGGUCGGAGACACAUACUUUCCAUCUUCCAUUCGGUGAGGUCGACAUUAGUCUACAAGAUGUGGCGAUGAUCCUUGGUUUGUCCAUUCGGGGUAUGCCCCUCAGUGGUCCAACCGUUAAGGGUAAGGCUCAGUGGAUCGACCUGUGCACGCAGUCGUGUGGUUUCACUCCUCUAGAGACUGAUAUGAGCACGAGUGAUAUCACCAUGAGUGCUCUUACCCGUCACCAGAUCCUACCUGACAGUACAGACGAAGAGGUCACCGAACACACCAGAACCCUAAUAUGGCAAUUGCUUGGAGGCCUUUUGUUCCCUGACACGAGUGGGACAAGAAUACGAUUAUACUUUUUGGAGGUCUUGCCGGGUGACUUGGCUUUAGCCCGUCGAUGAAGUUGGGGAUCAGCGGUUCUCGGGUACCUCUACCAUAACUUGUGCCACGGCACCAAGUGGGAAACCAAACAAGUUGGCGGUUGUAUGCACUUGUUACAGAUUUGGGCUUGGUCGAGGAUUUCAAUGGUCCGUCCCUCAGUAGUUUAGGUCAUUCAACAUGACCAUCUUCCAUAUGGGUGCAUGUGGAUCGUCCCAAGUCAUAUAAGGGAUCCCCAAGACACUGCAUACGCCUGUACCGGGAUGACCUAGACCGCAUGAGUGAGAGUCAGUUUGAUUUCACUCCCUACGCGUCCGAGGAACUCCCACCUAUCAUCCUUAAUGACGCUCCACUUUGGUCGGCUAGGGUCAUGCUCAUAUUUUGCAAUAUGGCCGAAAUGCAUUACCCCGAUCGAUUUCUUCGGCAGUUCCAUAUAAGGCAAGAUACUCCGGAUGCUCCUUUGGCGGGUACUGAUCAUCACGGCAAUCGUUCCAACAUAGUAACCGGUGCCUUGGCGUUGUCGGCGGACAUACAACAUAAUAUAUACUUUCUUGAUUAUGAUCGACAUAUGUCCGUCGAAGCAACUAAGAGGUACCGAAAAUGGUACCAGAAGCAUGGUAUGACACGUGUCCAGAACCCUUCUCACAAUGUGCCCACGACAGGCUACAUCCCGACAUCACACGAUUGGGAUAUUGUGAGGCAUGGCUUUUUACUAACUGAAUCAGCUCUUAGCCGACCGCGCAAGUCAUGAGGACUGUCAAAAACGACUACAGCGGAUGGCCCUGGACGUAGGUGAUGAAGAGAUGCUCCGCCGGGGCAUAUUCCAUUAUGAAGAUGAAGAUGAAGGUGGAAGUGACGAAGAGGAUGAUGCAGAUGAACAUGAAGGUGGGGGUGAGCACUCACAAUCGCCUCCUCAAUUCUCAACACGUCAGGGUGUCUCAUUUGAUCAACCACCCCCUCAAUUCUCAACACAUCAAGGUGUCUCAUUUGAUCAACCACCGCCGUAUUAUGAUUCUUAUCAGUACUCAACGCAAGCGGGUGAUUAUGUUGAUUCAUUUUUGGAUUCGUCAUUUUACUAUGGAGACACAACGGGGCCUUGGAACACUCGCGGUGGGGACGGAGCAGGGCCGAGCACGCAACGUUAGAUGUAGUAUUAAAUUUAAUAUUGUAUGUACUGUCUAUUCAUUAAUAAAUUACAUUGAAAACUACAU